CCAGGUCCGCACGCAUAGCGACGACGACGACGACGAGGACCCAGCAAGGUCACCAUGGCAGGCAAGAGUCACAGGGAGUCAUGCUGCCCGCACUUGGAGCCUCGUCUGGUCUGGUUCCAUACUACUACAAGGUAGCUAGGCGAGGGGCACUUCCUGCCUUGGCUCAUGGCUGCUGCUACGCUGCUUCUGAGUCGCGAGUGAGUCAGCGGCGACUUUCCUCUGCUGCUGCUGGUGGAGGCGGAAAGGGGCGGCCGUCGAUCAUCAAAUCAGAUGCAUCCCACGAUCCCGCACCGGUAGGCCUCGUCUCCCGUCUGGUAGAGAGAGCACCUUGAUAGCGUAGAGCAUCGUGCGAGAGACAGCAUAGACUCCUCGGAGCCACUCUUCUCGCAGCCAUGGUCGACUUUCAGCAGCAACAGCCACCAUUGCCGCCAUCGACCAGCGGGCCUAUCAACCCCGUCCCCCUCUCCCUGCCCUCGAUCUUGGUCAAUGCAAAGCCCCGCGGCAAUCCUACCACCAAGCAUUCUCGCCCUCCCCUCUCCUCCUCUUCCUCAGCACCACCCCGUGCCAAGGUCGCUCGACAGCCCGGCAAGAGGAAGCUGCUCCGUCUAGAAAAUGCCCGCUUCUCCACUGCCAUCAACCCACACAUUGUCCGGCCGCGUCCCUCUGACUACAGCCCGGGGUACGAGUCCAGGCGGUACAAGGGGAGCUUCCAGCAGCCUAUUCCUGGUCUUGUCAAGGAGCUGGGUAGAGGCGAAGAGGUGCCGCGGGAUGGUAGAGAGGUCAGAGAUUGGCGUAGGGAGAUGGAUGAGGUCAAGAAGGUCAAGAGGGCAGCAGGGUCUGAGAGCAGGAGAGGAGAAGGGACUCCAGCCUCUCCGACCACAUCAGCUCUCAACACUCCUCCUCCUCCUCCCAGUGGCCUCUUCACAAUGUCCUUACCCGAAGCUCGCUUCUUCCUCAAGCGGAGAGCGGUCGUGGAGACUAGGCUGGACAGCGGGCACGCUUCCUCGGCCGCCCCAUCUUCUUCCUCUUCUUCACCCACGAUGCAGUCCCUCGUAGACCUUGUCGAAGACGACUUUGCUUCGUGGAAAGAGCAGGUCGUCUACCUCCUCGACGCAGAAGCCACAAGCAAUCAAGCAGACACCACGAGGCUCAACCCUCGUCCGCGCUUGGUCGUAGCCUCUUCUUCCUCCCUCGCUCAGGCUAGGGUGGAGGAGCAUCAUCACCUCCCGCAUUCCCUCUCCUACCUCAUCCCGGACUCCUUCGAUCGACUGACAGUGCACUGUCUGGCUAGACUCUGGGGUCUCAAGUCCCUUUCCAAGUCGAUCAACCACAACGGCGAGGAGUUGAAGCUGACUUGGAUCUUCAAGCCUCCCCCCUCCAGCCGACGAGCUCAGGCUCACCUCACCCAGCCCAGCAGGGGAGGGGUGAGAGGUAGCGCACCUGCACCCCGAGCCCACCUCAAUCCCCUCAUCCGUCAUCUAGCACGCUCAGAGCCGGCCUCGCUGAGCACCAGGACCAGCCGACUCUCUGGAACCGCCACCUCGCAUGGGCUGGACACCCCGCCCGCUACGGACAUUUCUUCCCAAUCUGAAUUCGAGGAGGGCGAAGGAACAGAUGUAGAUACGAUUGAGAGCGCUUCGGUCGCUUCGCUCCCCUCUUCAGGGGCUGACAGCGGGAGUGAGCUGGGAGGCUUGUCCGAUGUGGGCGAGGCAGAGGAAGGCGAGGGCGAGGAUAUUGGGGAAGAGACACUUCGUCCUCCAGAUUCGGAUACAGACGCCCUUAUUGUGCCCGUAAGACGCAGAUUGGAAGAGCUGACCCUGGCAGGUGAUGAUACAGAGGACGCUUUAGACGAGAUCGAGAGCUUGCCGAGCUCCCGGGGAGAGAGGGAGUACGAGGCUGAAGCGGAGGAUGACGGAGAGUGGCAGGAGAUAGAGGAUGAUCAUCUAGAGUAGAUUACAUUCUAGAGCUUCACUUGCUAAGGGGUCUCAUUGAUGUAUGAUAGACCGUCAGGAUAGCACAUCAUCUAUACUUCAUCCAUACUUCAUCCAUACUUCGUCUUUGUCGCCAUGGGUGUCGUAAAUAGCUUCGUAACGAUUGAGAGAACGCGAGCAAAAAAAGACCCUCUCCACUCACUCCCUCUUGCCAAGGAUCAUAUCCUUCCUAGCCGCCUUUGGCUUCUCCAAUCCCUUUCUGGUAUGUUUCCUCCUUCUGUCCUCCUUGACCCUCUCUGCUUCGAGCAUCUCCCUCUUCAAUGUCUGCGCGCUCCUAAUCGCCUUUGGC